UGCGGCAACAUGGGCGUGUUUGACCGCGGAGUUCAGAUGCUGCUGACCACGGUAGGGGCCUUCGCCGCCUUCAGCCUUAUGACCAUCGCCGUGGGGACAGACUACUGGCUGUACUCGCGCGGCGUCUGCAAGAUCAAGAGCACCAACGAGAACGAGACCAGCAAGAAGAACGAGGAGGUGAUGACGCACUCGGGCCUCUGGAGGACCUGCUGCCUGGAAGGGUCUUUUAAAGGCAUGUGUAAGCAGAUAGAUCACUUCCCUGAGGAUGCUGACUAUGAGGCGGAUGCUUCAGAGUACUUCCUACGUGCUGUACGAGCGUCCAGUAUCUUCCCGAUCCUGAGUGUGAUCCUGCUCUUCAUGGGGGGGCUCUGCAUCGCCGCCAGCGAGUUCUACAAGUCACGCCACAACAUCAUCCUCAGCUCUGGCAUCCUCUUCGUCUCCGCAGGCCUGAGCAACAUCAUAGGAAUCAUUGUGUACAUAUCAGCCAACGCUGGGGACCCUUCCAAGAGUGACUCCAAGAAGAACAGCUACUCCUACGGCUGGUCCUUCUACUUCGGCGCCCUCUCCUUCAUCAUGGCCGAAAUGGUGGGCGUGCUGGCCGUGCACAUGUUCAUCGACCGCCAUCGGGAGCUGCGCGUGGGGGCGCGGGCCGCCGACUACCUCCAAGGUGCGGCCAUCACGCGCAUCCCCAGCUACCGCUACCGCUAUCGACGCCGCUCACGCUCUUCGUCCCGCUCCACGGAUCCCUCGCAUUCCCGCGAGGCAUCGCCAGUGGGCCUGAAGGCCUUCGGGACGCUGCCCUCCACCGAGCUGUCCAUGUACACGCUGCCCAAGGGCCAAACGGGCACCCCGACAGCCACCUAUAACUCCACGGAGAGGGACCACAACUUCCUGCAGGUGCACAACUGCAUCCAGAAGGACCUGAAAGACUCAGGCGGCCACAGCAACACCGCCAACCGACGCACCACUCCUGUAUGA